GACACACCAACAGAGGGCUAUGACAACAAUGUUGCUAUACAGGAAAACAAUGUUGCUAAACAAGAUGAAAACAACUCCCCCACACUUCCUGACAGUGGCUACCAGUCUGCAGACCCCUUGCCCAACAACAAGCUGCCCCCUAUAAAUGGAGUCGAUCCAUCCCUGAAGAAAGCAUCCCCACUUCCUCCAAUCGCGGCUGAGCAGCACAUUCAAUCAACCAAUCAGGAAACAGGAAAACAAACUGAUGCGACCUUUCAUAACAAAGCAGUCCCUUAUGUGGAAGUUAAACGUAAAAACAGUUCUGACCUAGCAGAAGUAGAGCACAAUUAAACAUGAGUACACAUUCAAGCCUAUAUUUAAAAGGAAAUGUACACUAUCGCCAACUUUUGAAAAUAUGAAAAACAAGGAUAGGCCUAUUUUGGAACUUUUAGUGGAAAGAUAGUCAAAAGAAUAUUAAAACUGGUCAAAAAGUAUAAGUUUUGCUUUGUUUGUCUCAAAAGUCUCCAUAAUUCAUAAAUCAUUGCUGUUGUACAUUGAGAUCAUAUUUAUUCAAGAGCAUUCCUAGAGACUUCUGUAUACAGUGUAGGCCACAUAUCACAAGAAAUGCUCCAACCUUUCAAUCAUUUACAUG